AGGUGUGACCAAAGUGUCGCCAAACAAAUCCAUUGGUUCCAUUGGCUUGCGACAGACGCCGCUCUAUUAUAUACAUUGUGUGCCCGCCGGCUCUGACCACUUGUUGGCACGCACCGCACCACACCAUGUUCUGUCGCCGCACCAAGAUGAUAUUGGCGUGGUGCACACUUGCGGUGUGCGUAGCAGUAAGCGCCGAGUCGUUGGAGGAGGUCGACGGUGGUGGGGGGGAAACACAACAGCAAGCGUCCAGCUACGCCUAUUCGAGCAGCUCCAACAACAACAACAGCGAAGGCGACAUAGAACGAUCGGACGACGACGGGGGAGCUGUGGAGGAGGAGGAAGAACCACCACAAGAAGACGAGGAAGAGGGUGACGCCGAGGGUGCGGGCACCCGCAGCAAUGACAUCCGACUGGAGUCGCUUGCGUUGGCGAGGGAUGCUUUCACCAGUAGCACCGGAACCAGACCGUACUCAGGAUUUGGACAGAGCAGUUCCGGUUCCGGAUCCGGAUACGGACAGAGCGGGUCGUCUCCGUUCGGACAGGGGUCGUCGUUCGGAUCAUCGUCAGGCAACUCCUAUGGUGGCUCCGGACAACCUGACCCAAGCUUAGCGCUCCUGCCUCGCGGGGAGAGCAGUUCACCGUUCACUAAGGGAGGCUCCUCUAAGGAAGGAGGCGGUGGAGGCGGCUACUUCGGAGCUGGAGGUGAGGGGAGCGGAGAGAGUGGAUCGGGCAACACAGGAGGGGGGGGAUUCCCCGGAUUCGGCAGCGGACCGGACACCGGAUCAUCCUCAUCGAAAUUCGGACAAAGCGGACCAUCCGGAAAAUUCGGCCAAACCGGACAGUUUUCGGGCAACUUCCACCGACCGGCCUCACCUCAGCGAAAAUUCCCUCAGGGCGACUCACAAGCCAGGUACCCUCAGGGCGGCUCCAUCUACCACCAGGGACCUCUGGGCCACUUCUUCACCCAGGGCUUCCCCUCCUACCCUCAGGGCCAACCCCUCUACCCUCAGGGCCACGCCAAUGUCAACUCGUUCCACCAACUGCCAGGAUUCCCCCACAACUCCCCUGCCAGGGGCUCCCCCCAGCACAGGGAUCACCAGCAACCGUUGCGAGCUGCUCCCCAGUACCCCUUUGCUGCACCCCUCACCUACACUCCCCUCUACAGAUCCGUACCCCUGCACACCUAUGCCGUCAGUCAACGAUAGUCACCACCCGACACCAGUCUCACACACCGCUAUUUCCAUAGCCAUAAUACUAACCACCAUAAUCCAAACUAAUAGCCAUAAAUAGGGUUUAAUUUAUUCAUCUCAUAUUUUGUGAAAAUCAGAUAAAAAUUAUGGAAAUAUAUUUAAAAACUGUACUAAAAGUAUGAUAUUAAAUUUAUGUUUCUUGAGCUGCACAAUUCUUAGUGAAGUAAAUUUUGAAGCUGCAAAUCAUCAUAUUAUUGUGCAAUGCAUUCGUUGCUAGAUAGAGAAUGAGUGAGUCCUAGAACUCGUUUGAUGAUUUUCAAGCAUUCCAAUUCAAUACAUAUUUGAAUAUUUCAACUGUGCCUUUCAGUGACCAAUUUUUAGUUUCAUGGGGGUGAUAUUGAUUGAUUUGACUAGAGCUAGAUCAAGAAUUCACUAGACUAAGCUAUUUGAAAAACUCUCCAUUUAAAUUUUAUUUUUAUUUGAUAGAUGAUCAUUGGAAGAGGUCCUCUAUAUAGAAUGAUUUUUUUAAACCAUCGGUUCACUAUAUGUGUAGGAACUAAAAAUAUUGUUGAAAUAUUACAAGAAUUAUUCAAAACUCACAAAAAAAAAUUCAUCCAAAGAAUGAUGAAUUAACUUUUUUUAUCACGCCAUUCUUGUUGUGUUUUAUAAUAUUAUUGUUGUUUUUUAUAUUAUAUAGAAUUUAUAGUUCUUGACUAUACUCGAAUAAAAACCGAAUUAUUUAUAUAAAA